AUGAAAAGUGGACUGGUAGAAUAUUUUGAAUUUGAUAAUUUUGAAAUAACAACUGCUUAUCUUGUGGACAUCGUAGGUCAUUUUAACAAGUUAAAUUUGCAACUUCAAGGCAAAAAUGCUAAUGUUAUUACACAUUCAGAUAAACUGAAGGCAUUUAUUGAAAAGCUCAAACUGUACAAGACUAAAAUUAAUAAUGGAAACUUGAUCAUGUUUCAAAAUUUAAAUAACAUAAUUGGAGUUAACAUGCUUCCUGAAGUUAUAAAGACAGAAAUAGUUUGUCACCUAGAUAAUUUGAUUACUGAAUUUGGUAACUAUUUUCCAGAUAUGAAUCUUUUGAGCAGUGAAGUUAUUAUAUCACCAUUUUCUUGUGAUGUGAAAAAUGUGAAAGAGGAAGCACAAGAAGAGUUUAUAGAGUUAAAGAAUGAUACCACGGCUAAGGAUCACUUCAAAGUAGCACCAUUAAAUAACUUCUGGCUGAAAAUGAGGAAUUCAUAUCCAUUGUGUUCAUCAAUUGCACUUAAAGCCCUUAUUCCUUUUUCAACAUCAUAUUUGUGUGAAGCCGGGUUUUCAGCAAUGCUAUCUCUUAAAACAAAAAAAAGAAAUAGACUUGAUAUUGAUGCAGAUAUUAGAUGUGCUCUAUCAAAAACUAAACCAAAUUUUCAGAUAUUAAUUGCUAGUAAGCAGUGUCAGAAUUCACACUGA